AUGGCCAGUAGCACGGCUGCGGCCCGUCCCACGUGGCACGGUGUGCGGUUUUUUGUUAGCGCGGAUGUGCUUUUGACAUUCAGCAGUGUGAAGUUGUCAGAAAUGGCGGGGGUGCCAGGGCAGCCCCAGCGGCGCAUAACCGUGAUAGAUGGCAAAGCCGUCCCUGUGAUGUCCUACCCGACCGCAUCCUUCUUUUUGAAGACACUGAAGGCUACUGGAAAUUCGGUCGUUGUGGUGGCGCCGUGGAAACAGGAGCAAACGGCGUCUCUUUUGCGGUUGUUUGGAUGGGACGCGGUUGACGAUAUCCGCGUCGUCUUUCCGGAGCCUGGGCAAGAGGCAUUUCGCUUGUCUUGCCUGGGUUGUACGCUUGAGGAGUACCGUAUCGCCGUGGUUGUGACAACGUCACGGACGUUGUGGCAUACAGCACUGUGGUCGCAGGUUGUGGAGGUGACGCAUGAGUUGAGUUGCCCAUCCCGAUCCCUCGCCCUGUUGCGAGCGCUUUCCAGUUGUCUACGCAUUGCCGAGUGCCGCGUGCGCUUUCCAUCCACCGCAGUUUCUUCCUGUGUCGCGCUCUGUCGAGCACGUCUGUUCUCGCAAUACCGUUUUUGUCUCUCGCCAGAGGUCAUGGACCAGUCGUCAACUGCGAUGUUGAUUAAUGCACACGGUGGGUAUUUAGUCACCAACUGCGCGGAUGCGACGCACUACGUCGUUGGCGAGGGGAACAGCGCAUUAUCUUGCACCUUACAAAGGCCUGGGCUGUCGCAUCAGGACGUGGAAAAAGACGCCUCCUCAGUCUCUGAGAGUUCCAGUGCUUCAUCUUCCUCCUCGCUGGAGUUGGUUGAGGUUGAGAGGGAAGGUGACGGCUCUUGGAACAGCAGCUUCAAGGACGACGACGACGAUGCGGAGGUGUGGGAUGACGAUAACAGUAACGAUUACAAUGCGGGAGACAACAACCAAGCCCUUAAUGACGUGAUGCCGUCGUCCGUGGCGACAACUCAAGCCACAACAAUAGCGGGCGUUUUAGACGAUCCGGUGAGUUCACUUUCUGCUUUAUCCACUGUCAAUGGGCACCGGGAGGCGGGAGAAACCGGCGAAGCAGCCUCUGCCGCGACCUCAACUUCCUCCACGACGACGACGGCGACAGCAGCAAGCACUGUCACUGUUCAGUGGUUGCAGGACUGCAUCGAGGGGCUCCUGGUGUAUCCACACCAAGUGGCACACUCCAGCAACGGCAGCUCUCAAUGGAACAUUUCUACAUUAUUAUUGGCUGCACUUAUUCCUCCUCCAGAUGUGGAACCUAUUUCUUUAUCUUCUCUAAAUAACAUCGCGGAGGGUCUUGGAUUUCGACCACUUCUGUUACCUCAAACGGAGGGCGAGGUAAAUUUGGCAACCGUGCUUCAGAAGCAGUGGGGAGCCAUGCUGCAUGUGAAGGUGCACAGUGAGGAGCUGUUUCUGCGGCAGUCCGCCACUCCUCCAAAUGAGGGUGGACUGGAAAUGGAACGACAUUUGGCCUGUAUUGCCAAGCAGUUUUGCGAUGCAUGGACUAUAGCGAUUCGUAAUAGUCGACUUCGCAACAUGGCUGAGUCCGGUACACAAACGGCAGCAGUGCUUACUGCAACUUCUGAGACAAAUACAGACGCAGUAUUGGUUAACGCGGAGGAGCCUAGUGUAGAUCCACCAGCUCAGGGUCGAGCACUCUUAAUGCGUGCGUUGGGCCCUGCGGAGUGGGCGAAGGAGGUUGACGCAUCUCAUGUUGCACCCAAGGAGCUGCGGGUUACAGAGAAACCGGUUUCGUUGGAGCCUUUUACUACCUUGGCACUGGUAAAUGAACCACCCACAGGGUACGACACCCCACCGGAGGAUAAAGAGGUGCCGACUAGCGACGAUGAAAAGAUACCAACUGCGUUUGCACAGCGUGCCAGUGAAACUGAGGCGGAAGUCCCAGCAGUUGAUCUCAAGUCGCAACCACAGAGUGAUGAAAGGGAAUUUGUGAUGUGCUUCAUCCCCACCGAAGCGCUUGGGGAUGAGCAGAAUGCGUUGAAGGUGGAACUUUUGCUGCGCCAGCCGCCCUUCAGGAAUUACCCGAUGAAACUUACAAUUGGCAGGAAAGGCAUUCAUUGCCUUUUUGUCACCACCUUUGAUGCGAAACGGUUUCACCAAGAGGGAUACGCUGAGGUGCGUAAUCGGUUUCUCCCUAUUCUGCCAGAGUACGGGGAGGGGAGCUAUUCGUCAAGUGACACCCGUAAGCGGCGUCGCAGUCGCUCGCCUGUCAGCAAGCGUUCGACCAGCAGCUCAUCACGAGGAACCCGCAAGCAUUCUCUUUCCUACACUCCCGACUCACAGUCGCACCGGAGUGCUUCUGGGGUAGAAAAGCAUACGGAUAAAAUAAGUGACAGUACGGAGUUGUCGAAGGGCGACCUCGAACUAUUAGGUGAAAUUGGGGCAACCCUUGAGUUUGCCUGUCAGCAUGUGGAUGUGGUGGAGCGCUACGCCGUUAACGAGCUCGCCGACCCGGUGUUCCGCAAGCAGCAGCACCAGUUGCUGCGUGUGGUAGAUAAACUGAAAAAGAUGCGCUAA